CCUUUAACUAAUAAACUCCAUCACACAGAAACCCCAAAAACUUUAAAUUCUUCGUCUUAACUUUAUUAAGUGUUUGUUUUGUGAUUUAAAAAAUAAAAAAUAAAAAAAAAAAAAAGAACUAAAGGUCAAGCUUACAAUGCUCCUUGAACCAAAAUGCCACUUUUCAACAAUUCGCUGAGAAAUAAAACCAAUCUGCAAGAACCAAACCAGGAGCAUGAGCUUCUACCGCCCGCCUACCCCUCCAAGAAGCUGGAUUCCUUGCCCAUCAUCGUGGAACAAGAGGCGGACGAGUAUGCCCAAGACUUUGAGAACGGAGGGCAGUUGAAUAGCACCUGCCAUGAUGCGGACUCUAUGGUGUCCAGCAAGUCCAGCUCCUCGUUGUGCUCCAACGCCUCGGAGGAGUCACUCAACACCACCACCCUGAUCACCAGCCAGCCCUCCAACUCCAGCAAGCACUUCGACAACACCUACAAGCUGCUGGGCCAGCACCUGGACUGUAAGGGCCAGCGGUCGGGCAGUGACUUUGACAGCAUCUCGAGCACCAGCUCCUCCAUGUCGGCCAUCGUCAAUGGCACUACGCCGCCGCCCACCCGCCUGGAACUCGAACUGGAGGCGGUGGAUCGGAUGCGCUGCAUCAUCCGGCAGAUGAAGUUCUCCGGGCCGAAGGCAAAGGAUCCCCCCUUGGGGGUGUCAGUUCCCAUGUUGUCCCUCUUGCACGAUUUUGCGGCCAAGGGUGAACGGAAGAGUGGUCUUAGUACACCGGGUACUCCAGCACCCAGUCCCAUCGCUGGUCCUCUGGAGGCGCCACAGUUCGAGCUGCCGCUGGAGCUGCUGCAGGCCGCCAACUCCGGGGAGCUGAUGUACUACGCCUCCAAGAAUGUCGAUGGCAAGAAUUGUCUAAAGGUUGUGCGCAGUCUGCUGACUAAUAAAGUUCUAUGUGGGAACCGCGUUAGCCAGAUGACUCGAGCGUACGAUGAUAUUGAAGCCGUGACGCGACUGCUGGAGGAGAAGGAAAAGGAUCUGGAGCUAACAGUCCAGAUUGGGAAGGAGCUACUAACGCAGAAUAAUGGCCUUGAGGCCAGGGUCGCCGACCUGGAGGCCGAUCUCAAGUCGGCCAACGACGAUCGGGCCCAGUUGGUCCACGAGCUGCACAAGAAAAAUGAGCUCAUCUCGGUGCUGACCAACGAUGCAGAUGAUGGCACGGAUGCAGACACUCCCACCAUGUCCAAGUCCAUUACCCUGGACUUGCUCCAACGAAAGGUAAACACCCUGCUGGAUGAGAACAAGUCGCUGAAGUGUGAGGCCACCCAGCUGGCCCACAAGACGGACGAGGUGGAGGAGCACGAGCGCCAGCUGAUGGCGGACAUCAGUGCCCAGCUGAACGAUGCCAACUCGCAGUACGACAACCUCAGUCUGGAGCUGGAGAGGCAGCGGGAGGAGAAUCGUUUGCAGCAUGAGCAAAUCGUUAGUCUGACCGCUCGCUUGGCGGAGGCGGAGAUGCGAUUGCAUCAGCUGACGCAGGACAAUGACGAACACCUAUCCCUGCUGCACGUGACCAAGGAGAACCAGAAUGCUUUGGCCCUGGAGCUGGUGGAGUUCAAGCAGCGGUACGAGGAGGUGCUGGCUUUGCUGCACUCGGCGCAGGAUCAACUGAAGCAGCAGAGGAAGAGAUCCCAGCCGCAGGCAAGAAGCUCCUUCCUGGGGGGCCUGGGAACGAGCGGAGCCGGCAUGAGCGGUGGCUUCUUCCAGGCCGAUUCCUUGAAGUGCGAACUGAUGGAGUCGUCGAUGUACUCGGAGAACAGUCUCGACUCGGGCAUAUCCGGCGACAGCCAGAGGUCGGCCGACCGUAUCAACCGCAUGAUGAUGCAGAUGCCGCCGGGCAGCAUGAGCUCCUCGGGAAUGGGCGGCAGCAUCUAUGCCGGCGCCGGAAACGUGCCGCCGUACAAGCGGGUGUUCGACACCGUGCGAUGUGCCGGCAAGAGCGGCAACUACAUGGACAGCGGCAAUGUGUCGAUGACCCAGCUGGGUGCCAUGUCGAUGAGCAGCUCCUCGGGAUCACGCAUGGCCUCUAUGGCGUAUCCAGCGGGCUCGUACUAUCGGGGCGGUAGCAAUCAGUCGCUGGGCGUUAAAACUCUAUCCAGCGAAAGUCUCAACUCCCAGUCCGAUGACGGCUAUCCAGCCCAGCCCUCUGGUGUGCCAGGAGCGCCCGGCGCCAAGGAGCUGGAGGCGGCCCUCAAGCGGCUGACGCCAGCGGAGGUUCUCGCCCGCCGUGCAAUGCUCUCCUACGCCCCAGCCGGCACCUAUAACUAUGACGAGCCCAUGACCCAUGGAGCUGGGGGAGCAGGACACGAUCGAAACUCGAACCUGCCGCUGGGCGUGCGAACGCCGGACAGUAUUAUGUCCACGGGUUCGUCCGGAAUGUCCGGCUCGUCGAAUCACAUGUCCGCCUCUAUGUCGCACCAGUGGCGUCUGCCCGAGAAGCUGCAGAUCAUCAAACCGAUGGAGGGCUCCCAAACGUUGCACCACUGGUCGCGUCUAGCCACCCCAACCCUGAGCGGUUUGUUGGACGAGCGACCCGGCGUCACGAUUCGAGGUGGUCGGGGAUUGGAUGACUUGGGAAUGCAGGUCUACACGCUGUCGGACGUGGAGGAAGACGUCAGCGAGGACCUGCCCGGCAAGCAGUUCGAUGCGCCCGGCUGCACCUUCACCUACACGAAUAGCAUGGUUAUGCAUCCGGACGAUGGCUUCGUGAACGACCUGUCCUUCCUCUCCCAGUCCCAGAUGUCCUCGCGCAUGGCUUCAACAUCGACAUCGAGACAGCCCAGUUGUCCUGCCACGCCACGCGGUGGACUUUCGCGCAAAAAUUCAUGCUCCACGUUCUCGGUGAACCUUGGACUCGCCGGAAUGCUGAAUGAGCGUGGAAUCAAGGCAGUGACGCCCAGUGCCCUAAAUACGCCCGCCGGUCCCAACUACUCGCCCACGGUGACGCCAUGCAACAGUCCCGAGGGAUCACCGCCGCGUGCCCAGUCGCCAGAGCCGCUCUUUGGUCUUUUGUCCUCUGGGGCGGAUCUACUCCGCCGCAAGAUCGUUGGCGACCAACACCAACAGCAGCAACAGAAGCAACGCAGCAGUCUCAGCAAACAGCAGCAGCAGAAGAUCAUGCUGUCCCACCUGGAGAGGCGGGCUUUAAGAUCACUGAAUCUGAUUGAGAAGGUGGAGAGCAUUGGACUGGAGAACAUAAUCAGCGCACAGCGCGGAUUGGGCGCAGGAAUCGCGAACAGGAGCAGCUCGCCACUGAGCAGUGGCAGCUUGCAGAGUCUCCACACCAGCACCAACAGCAUUGUGGACGACAUACACUUCGAUCGGGCCCAGAUCAAGGGUGUCUUGCAUCGCGGUCUGAAGUCGCCGACGCCUGUAGCAUCGUCAUCAGCACCAGGUGCUGCUGCCGGAGGCGUAGCCAUAUCCACGAGCAGCAGUACCAGCGCCUACAAUAGCGACGACAGCGACGAUCAGGGCCUGGUGAUGAAGAUGAAGCCGGCGAAGAGCUCGACCCCAACCACAACAGCGGCAGCACAAAGUCAGCCAACGUCUGGAGCGGCACCUGGAGCCACGGCUAGCGAGACGCGACUGAAGCAGAUGCAGCGCCAGAAAUCCCGAAGGCAGCUGAAGAACGGCAUGGCUAGCCAAAGACCCGACCUGGGCACGAUUGCCGGUGGGGGCGGCGGCGGAGGUGGCGGCAGAGUGCGUCCCGAUCUGGGAAGAGUGUCGGACGGCAGCAAGAUGGCUGGGAAGCGGGAGGAUGUGAAGGCGCCGGAAGAGGAGGAGGCGGCGCCACAGAGCAUAACACAGGCGUUUGUGGGUUCAGUUAGUUCCCUGCUGUUCGGCCGCAAGGGCGGUUGGCUGUAAAGAUUGGGUGCUGAGAUCAGAUCACAUUCACAACCUUAUUCUAACGCUUGCUGGUGACUAUAUAGAGUUUAGUUUUAAUCUAAAGGAGAGCGCCUUUUGCAAGAUGCAAUUAGUUUUUAUUUUUAAGGCACAAUGCGGAACGAGUUGAAUAACGAAUUGUAAUGUAAUCGAUCGAUCGUGUGUAUUGUAUACUAGGUUUAUAUUUUUAUUUGCCGCCCCCAGCCGUUUCAAAAGCCCCACAAAUGCCUGUCAUCGCAACCUUAAGUAACACUGGAAGGAUGUUUUAGUGUUCGUAGCUGUGAUUUGUAAAUACAUUUAGAGGAAUGUUUAUAUUUAGUAGUUAUUAAUCAAGUACUUUGCAUAUUAUAAUUAUUAUUUUCUUUUCGCUUUAACCACCAACCGGCAUACUACGUAUAUUGAGGAACAAGAACAUAACGAUGGCCAGUUUGAAAAACCGAGUUCCAAAGCAGCUACUAUUAAUUUAAAAAAAUACUUUGCCAAUUUUGUAUUUAUUUUCCUGUGUUUAUUACGACUUAAACGACACCUCGAACGUGUGUAUACAUUUAUUUUAAUAUAAUUUUCCUAAAUGGGCUAAUGAUUUAUGUAUAGAGUCGAAGCAGAUGCAAACAAAUUUGUAUAUAAAAUGAGAGGAGCAACCAAUUUGUAACUUGAUUGGAAAGUGGCUAAGCAAAGAGGUACAUACAUACAUACGUAUAUAUAUAUAUAUUUUUUACACCCGUAGUAGUUUCCUAUUAUUGCUUUCCACUAACGAGAGACGUGCCCACAACACUCCAAUCCAAAAUAUAUAAAUCACAAAAUACUUAUCGCUUUGAAUCACAAUUUUUAUUUUGGUGCUUUUUUUGCACUGCCAUACGAAAAAAAUACAUCAAAUCUACCGAGAAACUAUUAUUUUUCUAGUCCUUUUCUGGGUCAGUUAGUGCUCGUUUAGCUAUGCGGAUAUAGUAAAGCAUAGUUUCGGAUAAACGGAGCACAAUACACUCGAAAAAAAAAGAUACAACGUUGAACAAAUUGUGUGAAAGUAUAGCGUAUUAGAGAGAAGACAACAGCAAUAUCCAGUAAAAAAUAUAUAUUACUGCUGUUCAGUAGAGCAAUGCACUGAAGGCUAUCGAAGCAUUAGCAUUAAAGUACAGACACAUGUUAUUGAAACACGAACACACUAUGGCAGUGGCAGUCUAUUGUUUGGAUUUCCACAUCUUAAAGGUGCAAAAAUCGAAAUGAAUUCUUUUUUUUCAUUUGUUUUUCCUACUUUUUAUGAUUUUCAUUUGAGAAACGAAACUAUCAAGAAUAAGAAAUCUAAUAUAUACAUCAAUAAUUAUCAUACGUUUAAAGAAACUACGCGUUUUUGAGGAUUUUUGUUCAAAGUCUUUUUGAAAAGGAGUUGGCAUAUGAGGAUGUUGUUCCUUUGAGUACGUGCUCCUCAAACAGUACAUUUAAAGAAAAGCGGAAUACAGAAUGUAAAAGUUAUUAGUUUUAAUUACGAAUAUAUUUAUUUAUAUCUGCAAAAUAAAGAGAACAUCGUUAAACACAA